AUGUCUCGUUUAAUUAUAAAAAAUCUUCCGAAUAAGGUUACUGUCGAUAAAUUGAAAGAUAUUUUUGGCGAGAAGGGUGAAGUGACCGAUGUACAAUUAAAAUAUACAAAAGAAGGAAAAUUCAGGAACUUUGGCUUUGUCGGAUAUAGAACUGAGGAACAAGCUACAUUAGCAAGGGAACACUUUGAUGGUACCUUUAUAAAUAGCAUGAAAAUAAAUGUUCAAGUUUGUGCAAAUCUCGGAGAUGAAAAAAAGCCUAGGGCUUGGAGUAAAUAUGCAACUGAUAGUACAGCAUACAAAAAAUUGCAUAAAGAUGAUAUACAAGAAGAUGUUAAACCUAAAAAAGAAAAACUCAGUAAAUCUGAGAAGAAUAAAAACAAAAUAAAGGAGCUAUUAAAGAAACACAAAAAUGAUCCAUUAUUUGCAGAGUUUAUUGAAGCGCAUAUUAACGAAAAAACUACUUGGAUCAAAGACGCUUUAAAGGAAUGCAAUAAAAGUGAUGAAGAUAGUGGUGUAGAAGAUGAAAAUAUUAUCCAAGAAGGAAAAGCUCUUGAAGUAACUAGUGCGGAUAAAGUGGUAAAAAAUGAAGAUACUAAUGUAUUGAAGGUUGCAGACACCCAAAUAAGUGAUUUAGAGUACAUGAAAAAACUGAUGAAGAAAGAAAAUGGAUUUAAAGAAGAACAUGAAGCUAAACAAGAAAAAGAAGAUACACCAAAAAAAAUAAGAAACCGGCCUUUAUUAUAUGUUAAAGUGACAGGAUUACCAUACAAAUGUAAAAAGAAAGAUAUAAAAGGAUUCUUCAAACCAUUAGUCCCAUAUUCAAUAAGAUUACCAUUAGGCAAAGGAAAAAAACUUGCUGGAUUCUGCUAUGUUGGGUUUAGGACAGAAAAGGAGUUUAACAAGGCAUUGACUAAGGAUAAACUAUUCAUAGGUAAUCAUCGUGUACAUGUACACAAGUAUGAAGACCAAGCUAAGAAAGCUGCAGAAGAGGAAGAACAAAAGAAUUUUGUAAAGAGACAAGAGAGAGAAGGUAAUGAAGAAAGUAUUGGCGAGAGUGGCAGCAUAUUUGUGAGAAACUUACCUUACGUGGUGUCUGAAGAAGAGGUGACUAAUUUAUUUGCGAAAUACGGUCCACUAGCCGAAGUAAACAUGCCUAUAGACCCGAUCCUCCGACAGCCGAAAGGGUUUGCGACGGUCACCUUCGUGAUGCCGGAGCACGCUGUCAAAGCGUUCACAGAACUCGACGGGACCGUUUUCUGCGGUAGAAUGCUGCACUUACUUCCCGCUAAGGCUGAGAAACUGGAGGAGGAUGAUGAUAAUGAUGAAGGACUAUCAUUCAAAGAGAAGAAAGCGAAACAGUUAAAGAAACUAGCAAAGUCGUCUCACAACUGGAAUGUAUUGUUCCUGGGCGCCAACGCGGUGGCGGACGUCGUCGCCGCCAACUACAACACCACUAAGGAACAGUUGUUAAGCGAAAAUAAUACAAACACCAGUGCUGCUGUGAGACUAGCGUUAGGAGAGACGCAACUAGUCGCCGAAACAAAAAAGUUCCUCGAGACCAAUGGCGUAUAUUUAGAUGCUUUUAAUAAGCCAGCUAAGAAGAGAUCAAAAACAUGUAUACUAGUGAAAAACUUACCCGCUGGCACUGACAAAGAGGAAAUCAAAGCGUUAUUUGUCAAACACGGUCACUUGGCUCGAUUUUUGAUGCCAAGCCACGGUAUAACAGCACUUGUUGAUUUCAUAGAGCCAUUCGAAGCUAAAAAAGCCUUUGCAAAACUUGCAUAUUCGCAAUUUAAAUCUGCACCAUUAUAUCUGGAAUGGGCCCCGGAAAAUGUUUUUGUUAAAUCAGCAAAAAAGGAAGAUAUUACGGAGGCUGAUGUAAAAUUAAGUGAAGGUGAAGAAGAAAAUGUAGAAGAUGUUGAUAAUAAAGACAUUAAGAAUAGCGAUAGUGAUAAGCGUAUAGCAGAUAAUGUGGAAGAUGAAAAACCAGAAAACGAUACUACUCUAUUUGUAAAGAAUCUUAAUUUUAAAACCACAGAUGAUUCUUUAAGAGCGCAUUUUGCUAGGUGCGGGAAACUACAUAGUGUUACUAUAGCCAGGAAAAAGGACCCUAAAAAUCCGGGACAAUUUCUUUCUAUGGGCUAUGGGUUUGUUCAGUAUGUAAGGAAGGAACAAGCAAAUGAAGCUCUGAAAGAACUUCAAAGUUCAACACUUGAUGGUAAAACUUUAGAAUUGAAACGAUCGGAGAGAGGAAAUAACACGGAAGUCAGGUCUUCAAAGAAAAAUUCCAAAGAUACUAUACAGAAUGGAACAAAAAUACUCGUCCGUAAUGUGCCAUUCCAAGCAAAUAGAAACGAAUUAAACGAAAUAUUCAGAGCAUUUGGAGAGAUCAAAACUCUACGACUUCCUAAGAAAUUGACAACGGGCUCCGACCAGCAUCGAGGAUUUGCAUUUGUUGAUUUUCACUCUAAAGCAGAUGCUAAGACUGCCUUCGAAGCUUUAUGCCAAUCAACUCAUCUCUACGGGAGACGAUUGGUACUGGAAUGGGCAGAUCAAAGCGACGAGAAUGAGGAUAUCAGCUUGUUAAGAAAACGGACUGCACAAGCAUUCAAUGCGAAAGUGCCAGGAGGAAAAAAAUCAAGGAAAGGUGCCGUAGAUGUAGAAACUUUUGUGGAUGGAGAAAAC